AGGGGAUUGUCUGCGACAGUGAAACUUUUUGACUCCAUGUGCUGAGUCGAGCAAGUAGCUUCCGGCGACGUUCCUUCCAGUUGUACGUGAAAUCAUGGCGGUGGGUAAGAAUAAGGGGCUGUCGAAAGGAGGAAAGAAAGGUGUUAAGAAGAAGAUUGUAGAUCCAUUCACAAGAAAAGACUGGUAUGAUGUUAAGGCACCAUCGAUGUUCACUGUCCGCCAAGUUGGCAAGACUCUAGUCAACAGGACACAAGGAACAAAAAUUGCAUCUGAAGGUCUGAAAAACAGAGUGUUCGAAGUGUCGUUAGCUGAUCUGCAGAAUGACGAUGAUGGUGAACGCUCGUUUCGAAAAUUCCGCCUCAUUGCUGAAGAUGUGCAGGGAAGAUAUGUGCUUACAAAUUUUCAUGGAAUGGAUCUAACCACUGAUAAGCUUAGGAGUAUGGUAAAGAAGUGGCAGACAUUGAUUGAAGCUAAUGUUGAUGUGAAGACAACUGAUGGAUAUCUUCUGCGUGUGUUCUGCAUUGGCUUCACAAAUAAAGACCAGAUGUCCAACAGGAAAACCUGCUAUGCCCAGCAUACUCAAGUCCGCGCAAUCCGGAAAAAGAUGGUAGAGCUUAUCACGCGUGAUGUGGCACAGAGUGAUUUGAAGGAAGUCGUCAACAAACUCCUUCCUGAUUCUAUUGCGAAAGACAUUGAAAAAGCGUGCCAGGGUACUUACCCUCUCCAUGAUGUGUAUAUUCGUAAGGUGAAAGUUUUGAAGAAACCUAAGUUUGACUUGUCUAAACUGUUAGAACUCCACGGUGAUGGCAAGGGUGGCAGUGAUGAACCUGGUGCUAAAGUUGACCGGCCUGAGGGUUAUGAGCCACCUGUUCAGGAGUCUGUAUAAGGUUUUGUAUUAUGUUGGAGUGAAUCAAUAAAACAUGAAAACUGA